GACCUUCGCCCUUUGCCCCCCGGCGGUGACCCGCCAAGAUGGCGCUGUCCAGGGCCGGCUGCCGCUGGGCGCUCUGGCGCCUCGGCUCCGGGCCCGGCCCCGGCCCCGCCGCCGCCGCCCUCAGCCGCGCCCGGGGGACGCCGAGGUCCGCAUUGUGCUGCCUCUCCACGAAGGCUGGUUCCAGGUCCAUCCUCGCCGCCCUGGCAUCGAAAGCGAAGCACAUCAACGGGAGGUACGAGAGGUUUUUGGAAAAGACCUUCCCCCGUUUCUACGUGCUGUACGCGACUUUCACGAAAGGAAUCCAAGCGCUCUUCCUGGAAGUCAAAGAAAUAAGUAAAAUCAAAUCGAAAAUGUCCCACCAGAGACUGAGCGUUCAGCAGCUUCCCUACCGGGAGAUGGAGAGGCUGCGGCAGUUUCGCAGGGAUGUGAUCAAGGCCAUUCCCAUCGGAAUUAUCGCCAUCCCACCCUUCGCCAACUUCUUGGUCAUCGUCCUGAUGUAUUUCUUCCCACGCCAGCUGCUGAUCCGCUACUUCUGGACCCCCAGCCAGCAGGUUGAGUUCCUGGACGCCUACGACGCCAUCCGGAGAGACUCCUACCCGGAUGUGGUGAAGAGUAUAGCCCUGGCAGCGCGUUCCCUGCCUGAGCCGCAGCUCCAAAAACGCCUGCAGGAGCUCUGCGCCGAGGUGCAGCGAGGUUCCCAGCCGCGCGUGGCCGAACUCUAUGCUGUCAGAAGCUUGUUUUCGGGAUCUCCGCUGGGUCUGAACAAGCUCCAGGUGUCUCAUGUGAGAGCCCUGAGCCAGGUCCUGUUCCUGACCCCUCACUUGCCGGCCUUUUUCCUGAGGCAUCGCCUGCGGAGCCACGUCCUGGAGAUCCGGCACCUGGACCGCGCCAUGCUGCGCCUGGGCUUGGGCCAGCUGUCCGAGGAGGAGCUGAAAGCGGCUUGUUACCUCCGUGGCCUGAACUCCACUCAUCUCGGCAUGUCGGAGUGCAGAGCGUGGCUGGAGCAGUGGCUGGGGCUCUCCUGCAAGCUGCAAGCUUCCGAAGCUUCUCUCCUGGCGAACAGCAUGGUCCUGCUGUCCCUCAACUACCUCAGGGCCAAGGAGUGACGGCCGAGCCGCCGGCUGCGCACCCUCACCCCAGGCAUCGCGCGCCGACUCGGCCGUUCCCAGCCUGGUGCCGCCAAAACCAAACCCGCCUUUCGGUGACCUGAAACCGCGGCCCGCGGUCGGCGCUGGGACCCCGGUGGUGCCGCGGGGGCGAAGAUGCGAUUCCCUCGGAGGUUUGUGCCAGCGCCGGCUCUUCUCUUCCCCUUCGUGCCGUCGGAGAGGGCUGGCGAUGCCGUGGGGCUGAGCCCCGGCCCUGCCCUCCCUCCCUCGGCGUCCCGGGAAGGCGGCUUCGCUGUUACGGCUCUGAAACUGCGUCACUUGAAUUACGGGAGGGGAGAACCAGCGUCUCCGCUGCCUGUGGACACUUCCCUUAGUAUCUCGUAGUCGCGGGCUCCCUUCAGCUUGGGUUUUGCUGCUCUGUGCCUCGCAUGGAGGGGUUUUGUUUAGUUUCUUUACUCCACUGAGCAGUCUUAAAGAUAAAAAUCUCCCCGAGGGUUUAAGAAAAGACCCCCAAAUCCCCGUGCGACCGAAGCGGGAGCCUCGUGGGGUUCCCGUGCUUUUUAUUCCUCUGCCUCCCGGAGCAUCCCCAUCGCAGCCCCGCACCCGGGGGAGGCUGGAAACGCCGCUGCCGACACCAACGGGGUUAGAGCGAAGGCACCGACGCCUUCAGCGGAGGCUCCGGGCUGCCUUCGUUAAGUUCUGCCUAAUUAGAGCGCAGCCCCCCGCUUUCUGCUCGGCGGAGGCGGCUCUGGGGGGGCUGGGGGGUGCUUCAGUGGCAGCUCCCGGCCCCGAGGCUGCGUGAAGGGGUUAAAACCCGUCGUGUCUCACCCGGCCCCGGCACUGCAUGAGAAACGUCCCGCGGUGGAGUGAAUUCAACCCAACUUUCCGUGUUUUAUUAAAGAGAAAAGCAAG